UGCUGUUUUCUCACCGCUGUGAAGAAGAACUCAACCGACAGAAAUGCUGCCGUUGCUGUUGCUACUGGUUCUCUCCUCAGCCAGUCCUCAGGACCAGCCACCAGAUGAAAGUGGUAGGAGGGGAAAUGUCUCCUCCCUGAACCUCGAUCCAGCGCAUGAUGUUGCUAAAAUCGAAGCUAACGUGUCCGUCUCAAUGGUCCGACGUGUUCUGGCUUCUAUUGCACUCAAACACAAACGUCCAGUAAACGUGACGCUGCCAGAGGUUGGUGAUACAGGAAAACUGCGAUGGGAAAAAUGGAACGGUUCCCUUCCUAAUGGAUCUGUUUCCAUUUACAACAGCUACGCUGAUCGCAUCGACUACAUCUGCAAAGUCGGAUGCAAUUCUGGUUUUUACAACCCCAGAAUGGGCCCUUACUGUCACUACCCAAAUAAGAACAAAGAGAAUCUUUCCUCCUCUUUUCAAAUCCUUGUGAAUGAAGAUAAUUUUGAAAUUGUGGUGUGGAAGGAAGGUUCUUAUGGUUCUGUCCCAAAGAAUUCAAUCAGAACCUGCUCCAGUGAGGAAAUGUAUGUAGGGAAGAACGAGUACGGAUUGGGGAAGGUUGAUCCAAAGGAUCAAUGUUUUUAUCUUCCCUGGAAAGGGAAGCAGUAUUGGUACAGGAGCUAUGAGGUUCUGACCCAAGUGAAGGCUGAAGAAGAUUUAAUCUCUGAUGUCAAGUAUAACAUCAAACAUGAUAAAAUUUUCAAAGAACCUCCAAAAACCUUGAGAAGCUCAUUUGUUAAAAACCUUUCCCACAUGAAUGUGACGAAGACGGUUUCUCUGACGCAGACCACCACCGAUCAGAGACGGUGGGACUGCAGCCAUGCCUUCACAGUCGGUAUAAGAACAACCAUGAAAACAGGAAUUCCCGGCAUUGUGGAAGGACAUGUUGAAAUCAAUGCAGAGACGACUCAUACGUUCUCACGUGGAAAUACCUGGACAGAGCAGAUCUCCCACUCUGUGACGUUACAGCUUACCGUACCACCAAACCACAGCUGCAACGUAAAGAUGGUUGGUUAUCAGUACAGGAUGGACAUUCCCUUC